AUGCAAAAAGUGAGGAUUGCAGCGGGGUGCUGGCGAAUGCGCGAGAGCCAGUUUGUGGUACGAGUCGGCCAGGAGUCAGCAUCAAAGUACCUUGUUGAGUUGUGGGACGACGUGCGCUUCAAGAACGAGGGACAAGCAGCCUUUACAAACCCAACUCGUGUCCAGCGAAGUUUGUUGAUGGGAAGCGGAGAGUACAUGGUGGUUUCCUUGGUCAAUAAUCGCUUUUGCUUCAAGAAGGGUGCAUCCCACAAGUCUAACGGCAUCUACUUGGUGAUCAACCAGAAGCGCUGGGUGGUGUAUCAGAAAUGCCAUGAUGUUGCCGACUGUCCAGACUUCCGCUCGCACGAGUUUUCAUUGCCCGAGGCCUUGCGUCCUGAGGGGGCCGUGCCAGAGGAUGCUUCUGAAAACGGGGCAGUGGACGAAGACCAUGAUCCGGUGUCGCAGGACAUGUGCCCGACGUCCGCCUUUGCCAGCCUGCUAGCCUUUGGUCAAGCGCUUUGGGAGGAAUUGCUGACGCAGAUCAUGGCUGCCUUCGAGAUCUCGAAGCCCAUGCCGGGCGCUGUGCAGGCUGAGGGGGACCGGCUUGGGGCAAAAGCCAAGAAGGUCGUUGCAGCCUUGCUUGGGGCAAUCUCAGCCGGAGCUCAGCGACACGAGUCCUACAACCCCACCGUGCAUUUUGUGAAUCUUUGCAGAAGUUACAACGCAGACACAUCAGAUGAGGUGCACGAUCCGCGAACUCCUCCUGUGGUGAGGAUAGAGCCGAAGGUUCCUCCUGAUUGCCAUCGAAUGCGCUUCAACGCAGCCCUAGGCUGGAGAUGGCACAGAUUCACGCUUUCGCCGGGUAAGGUCCAGAUCCUUGUUCAAGGUCCCAUUCUUGUAUCGCAGACAUCUGGUGCUGGUCGAUGCCGAAGUGGGGCUCCGUCGCGCAGCCUCCAAGAGGCACAGCUGCACGGCGACACGGUAAACCAGCCGCCGAAGUUCAUUAUCCCCACCAAUGACGGAGAAGAUGGAGUUGAAGUCAAGGCAAAGCCAUGGCACGAAGUUCAAGUCCAAUAUGCUCUGACCGAUCUGGGUCGGCCGGAUGGCAGCACCGGCGGUUUCUAUGGCCUGAUGAGACGAACGCGAUUCAUCAAACUGGAGGUCUUGCGGAGGUUGUUCGCAGAGGAUCCUGAUGGAGUGUAUCGUCCAGGGCUGGAAGGUGAUUUUCGAGACGAGACGCUGACACAACCCUUGCACAAUGCAUUAGCGUCUUUGGAAUCUGCUCCCAGACCGCCAGGAUGGAACCCAGGCGAUGAUGCAGAUCUGCAUGUGCUGGAGGCAGAUUCCACAAUGCGGACGCGUAUGUUGCUUCAGUAUGAGAAGAACGAACUCAAGCGAGCGCUGCCCUCAAAAUGA